AUGUCCAAAACCUACUCUGACAAGGAUACGCGGCGCACGAAGUCUCCUGAGUUUCAGACGGGAAAGAAACGUCCUCACGGCGAAGCGACGAGCAGAAGCCCUGCUCCCGAAGAUCCCGACGCGAAACGUGUGAAAACAGAACCGAACAUCAAAGAGGAGAAAAUCCCCACCGAGCCUAGGCCACCAAGAGCGAUAGGUGGAGGCAACCUGCAACUCUACGAUGGUGAGGAAUGUUACAGCGUGGCCGUCCACGAACCUCUCCAAGACCAACUUACAGUCAAUACCGAAAAACACCAGCAGGCUGUUAGGCACGUCGCAGAGAUUGCCCGUAUGGUCAGCAAAUGGUUAGACCGAUAUCGAGAAGAAGACGACCAACUUGCGAGUUUUGCAGAGUGGUUCAGUAACAAUCUAACGGCCCCCGAGAUCAAGCUUGUUCUGUUUGUCCUCAUGGGAAAAACCGGUCAGGGCAAGACAUCGACACUGAACAGCUUGAUCAGCGCAAAGCAGCUUGCCCGUGCGGGAAAAGGCGUGAAGAGUUGUACUCAAACCGUCAACACAUUUUCACACGGAGAGCAGAGUGAAAAGUUCUUGGUCACCAUAUUUUUGCUCCCGAAAGAUAAAAUCAGGAACAUGGUUCAGAAGUGUGCCAACGACUUGGUCACACAUUUCAAGCAUGUCCACAGUGCAGCAGAUCAGUCAGAAGACGAGGAUGAAGAGCAGGAAGAAGAUCCUAUCGGCUCCGCAUAUCUGAAGAAGGCUCGUUCGGCACAGAUAACUCUUCGUGACCUGUUCCUCCCCGACGACGACUCAGACGCUCUCGAGGACAUGGAGGACUGGGCCGAGAAGAGAGGCCUUCUUUCCGCAACCAGUGUCGAAGCCCCAGCCGAGGCUGUCGACAAGCUUGUUGAAGAGCUAGAGGCACGCGCGGUGGCCAAUGACUUUAGCUUGAAUACAGGCAAACUUAUUAUCGUUGCAGAGAGCCAAGGAGAACUGGAUGGAAAGACUCGGAUUUUCACUGAUCGAGGUGGGUUUGCCCCCGUCGUUGACACCAUUGAAACCCAGCUGUUCAAUGCCUGGAUGAACCAGGGUAUCAAGCUCGUUGAUCGUCCCGGAACAUCAGACAAGAACGAGUACAUGCUAGACCACGCGGCUAGCGUGUCCAAGACUUGCACUUCAGAAGUUAUCGUUUCCGAACUUUCGCGCUGUCUUUCAAAUGACGACCUGGAUGCGACCCUGAUCAAAGCCAUACGUGAUAAGGGCCCUGCGAAUGUCUGUUUGGUACUUACCGGACGCGAGACGAUGGAGGAUCUAUCGGAGGAGAACUGGAAGCCCGACGAAAAGGCCAAGCUCAAAACGAUGAAAGACGAUCUCAGAGCUCUUCAACCCAACACCGUGGAACACAAGACCCAGGAGGAUCUGAUCACCAAACACAGAAUCGUUGUCCGCGACCGCAUCAUCACCAAUUACUUCAGCCAGAAAAGAUACGCUGGCAUCAAGGUGGUGACGGUUUCUAACUCCGACUACGAAAAGCACAUCACACCCGGACACGCUAUGGGCAAGCCGUUCUUGUCCGUGCUGGAGACCAGGAUCCCGGAGCUCCGGGCAUGGAUGUGCGAGGCACCCGGUAACCUCCAAGUUCGCAGAUUUGCAAUCUAUCUUCACGAGUUUAUUCGAAAGUGUGCUCGAACCAGGAUGUGGACUGAAAAUGCCGUCACAGUCCGGAGAGGAGAGGCUUCUAAAGCCUACGAAGAGAUUGCCUAUAUGCCUCUCGCUACGUAUCAGUCGGAUCUGGAUAGAGCGGCUGACUCCUACCAUUCCGAGAUGGAACAUCUGAAGAACUCGAAGUGGGGUGGGAAGGCAUUUCAGACCAUCGAAGGAUGGAUGUCAAUUAACGUGCGAAGAGUGACUGCUGUCUUGAAGAAUUCAGGACGCUACACUCCUCCAAAGAAGAAGUCGGAGACUGAGAUUCCCGCCACAAUAUCUUUCAACGGGGACCUUCUCAAGGUUGCUGAAAUGAAAAUUCGUGCCAAAGAAAACAUCAUCAUCCAGCAAUACCACAAGAUCGAAAAACAGCUCGUCACAGAUUUGCGCGCAAAGUUGACCGAAGUGGAUCGUACUCUUGUCUCGCAGGACCUCAUUGGAGGUUCAGACAAAAAAGGAUUCUCGUCCUUUGUCGAACGCGAGGGAGAUACAUGCAUCCGCGGUAUCAAGGCAGAUGGUCUCGUCCUUGAAAAGGAAGUUCGAAUCCUCAUCGACUUUUGUUUACGGGACGAAUCUUACGACGGGACUAAUUCCUCCGCAUUCAUCCAAGCAAUGCACCAACUCUACGAAAAGGCGAUGACGCAUUGGAAGCCGGGUUCCAAAAAGGUCCCUCCUGGUGGAAUAAGUAAAGCUCGUCUGAGACACGUCAGAGAGAAUGUUGUUCUCAGGAACGGUCCUUACUCUGCAAUGUCCGAUGAGAUUCGCAACAGACUGAAGGCUUCUUUCAUUACGUGGGCACGCAAUGUCCAACAGCGCCUGGACGAGCUCUUUGAAACGAUCAAAAAGUAUCUCUUCUCGUCCUUUGAGGGAAAGAGGAUGCCUGAAGAGAAACGUCUUGUGGUUGGUAAGAUCAUCAAGGACAGAAUGACAGAAGCCCUUGACAAGUUGGAACCCGAGCUCCAGCCUUACUUGAAGCACACACUCUAAGUCUUCGAGGAAAAAAAGCUCAAAGCCAGAAAGACUUGGUCGGAAAGAGAAGAGAAGAGGCACAGAAGACAAACAAAGUUUCGGACAACACGGGCGAAAGGAAAAUCGCUCCGCUAGUUUCGUAACUACGAAGAACGACUCGAAGGACGCAAUCCCGAUUUCUGACGGAAGCGCGUAGGAGCAGCUUAGUCUGCUGUCUUACUGCCCUGUCUCUUCGCGUACUCUCCGAACUAGAACCUGUUGAAGUUCGUCGUACAGGCGUUCACCACGAG